AUGUCAGAGUGGGGCCAGCAGAAUUUUCCAACCUCACUAGUUGAAUUAGUGUUAAAGGGUGAAAAUUCAGGAGUGGUUUCAUUUGCAGUGGCAGACAAUGUGAGGAAUACUACUACUCCUACUCCAUCAUCAUCAUCAACUUUUCUUCUUCCACCAUCUCUCGUUUCUCUAAUGCUUGAUGGUUUUACUGAUGUGGAAUCAUUUUCAGAGAUCUUACCACAACUCAAUUGCCUUAAAACACUUAUAGAAAAGGUGCACGUUGGAUCAAGGCUGUCUACAUGACGUCAUUGAAGGCAAAUCAGCUAAAUUUGCACGGGGAUGGACGUUGAAAAAAGUGAAGGUAGAUAAAGAAUCAAUGAGUUUCAGAAAAGUCAUUAUUUAAAAGGGAAAAAAGAUAUUGACGGAACUGCCCCUGCACUGUUGGCAGGAACACAGGUUGAAAUAGACACAUUCAUUUGAAUGAGCAUAUUGACUCUUUGGAAAAACAUUGCACGACACCUGAUAUUACUAAGAUUUGAUAUGAAAGUUUGUAAUAAAUCUUGUUUUAAGUAGAAUGCCAUUUCAAGUACAAUUCCCAUAUACAUAAUGGACAAUUAUGCCCC